UCCAGCCUCUGGAAGGAAUACAUCUUAUGUUUGUUGCAUGCGCUGUAAAAACAUAGAAGUGCAUACACAGUAACUAAGAUCUUUUGAUGAAAGAACCAAAUGUUACUUAGAACACAAGCAACUUUCAGUUGCAUGCUCAUGAUUGUGCAAUUUUCUGGGUUACUUAGGCGAUAUUCUGUUGUAUACUGUAGAGGGUGUGUUCACAUCAAGGGAGUAUUAAAUAAAUUAGGCAACACUUUGUUCCUUUCAGUUUGUCUUUGGUUUAGGUGGAGGACAUCAGCCUCAGGCUAGGACCUACCAGUAAUAAAAUUCUCUGCUGCUUUUUUCUCAAACAGAAAAGUAGAAAAGUGGGUGAAAAUGAAGGAAAUGAAUGAAAUGCCAUUUCAGACUUACUGGAUUUAUCAUAAUGCAUACUAUUAAGAAAAAUGCUUAGAUCCAAAAGAAAUUUUUAAAAGUCCAUCAGGAAAUCACUGUGACCUAGUACGGACAACACUAUGUCAUUCAGUCAAACCAGGCCUCCAACAUCAGAGUUGGUGGAGCUUCAUGUUUUUUACGUCCCAGAAGACGUGUGGAACUUCAAAUUGAAUACGAUUUCUGCAGAUCAUAUUAGCACAUUCAUUUCAGCUGGAUUUAUAAGGGCAUCUCCUUGCUUGACACUGAGAACACUACGGGAGCAGCUUGGAAAGUACCUAGGUGAAGAUGCUGUGGCAGAUAAAUUUAGAUUUCUAAAAUGUAUAGGGAAAAAGCUAGCAGUGGUGAAAGCAAAACAGGAAACAGAACUGGAACUCAAGUUGUUUGCUCCCCCAUAUGCACUUUCUCCUGAAUUGUAUUUUCUGCCUGGCUUAGACCAUUUAGAAAGUAUUUAUUCAUCAUCAUCCACAACUUCAGAAAGACAACACUUUUAUGAAGACCCUGCAGUACCCAGUAGCUAUGUCCAUGGAUCAACUAUUUUAAACCUUCCAAAGAGAAAGCUUGAAAAAAGUCAGGCAUUUCUAGAAAGUCCACCAAUAAAUCAUUUAAGUCAGAAUCAGAAAGAGCAUGGUUCUUCAGGAUGUAAUAAAAACGAAAAAGAAAUAAUUCAGGUUCAGCAUGACUCCAAACAACAUGAGGGAGUCCAGAACAACAGAAAUCGGGAAAAACUGAUUCCACAAAGAAGGAAAGACCAAACUGAAUCCCAGGGGUCUCUCUGCCUGCCAGGUCAUCUAAAUCCUGCAAAGUGGGAGUCCAAAAGAAAUCCUGCCUCUUCACAAAAUCCUCAGCAAACUCAUCUCAGUGAGAAUCAGAAGGAGUGUAAUACACUAAACUGGAAUGAGAAAGACAAAGGGACCAUUCCAGUUCUUCAUGUAAAAGAAAACCAUGAACAAAAGCAGAAUAAUCAGACUCAGGAAAGUCACAUCCCACAGAGAAGAAACGAUCAAAUCCCUACACUACUGGUUACAAAUAUGGAAUAUGAAGGAAAUUUAAAAGGUAGUUUAGAAAGAAAAACUACAGAAAAUUCCAGAUCUCCAGAAUCAUUGGAAGACAAUGUCCUACAAGAUGUUCAUAAUAAGAAAAGCCAUCAACAAGUAACUGGCAUGUCUGUUGCUGAUACUGGUGGGAAACAGGAUGAUCAGACAGCUGAGAAUAACUUAGGUCAUCCAGCACAUCCCAGUCAAUAUAUUUCCCCUCCUGCUUCACCUCUGCUGACUCUUCCUGUAGAUGCCACAGAAGCACCUGUAUUUCAGGUAGUGAAAAUCAAGCUGGCAGAACAGCUAGAACAAAGGAAGGCAGAAAGACUGCACAUGGAAAGAAUCAGAGAGGAACUGAUCAAGAAAGCCAAAGGCCUGCUGGAACAAAACCAACUGAAAAGAUAUCACGCUCGCCAGGCAUGGAAAAAGAAGUACUUUGAAACCAAAAAGGCUACAGCUUCACUUGAAGAUUAUUUAAAUAAAUUGAGGCAAGACUUAGAGCUUUCUCACCAAAAGUUACUGUCACAGCUGGAAGCCAGGGAUAGCUGGAAACGAGCAAAACACACAACACACGUUGCAGACUCUAAGAACGCCACCAUCAUUCGGAUCACCACAGAGCAACACGAAGUCGAUCACCUAAAGAGAAAGCUCGAUAAUAUCAAAAUGAAACUUAUCAUAGAAAUUAAGAUGAGAAAACAAGCAGCUUCUGAUUCACGAGUACUGAGAGCAGAGCUAGCACAGAAGAAGAUUCAGUCAUCUUUAAUGCUCCAGACUGGAAAACUAGUAAUUUAGAAGAUCACGCACCUUCGGAUUUUCUAGUGCAGGAGUUCUCAACCUUGUUAGAUUCAAGGCACCCCUUGGAAAAUG